ACCUCCCACAACGUUUCAUAUGCUAUUUUUUGUCUUAGGAAUUGAGUUGAUACCUUUCGGAACGACCUUCUUCUUCUGUUUGCUUAUCAACAUCGAAUACGGCAUUCUGAUUGGGGCGUUAGUCCAUUUGUUGUUGCUGGCACAUGAAGCUACUCGGACGAAAUCCAGUUAUGUUAGAUAUAAGAAACAAGGUGUAGGGGAGCGUAUCAUUCUCAGGGCGGACCGCAAUCUCUAUUUUCCUUCUGUGGAGCGAUUUCGCCAAGCACUGGGUAAGAUAUCCAAUGAAAGCAUUGACGAUGCUACACCAAAGACUAUAAUUAUCGACAUGAGCCGCGUCAGCGAAAUCAACCACACGUCACUUAAGAUGCUGAAGGCAAUGCUGUCCUCCUGGGAAAAAGGAGGCGAGAAAUAUUCUUUCGUCAAUGUUAGUGUGAACCUCGAGAAAAAUAUGCUUUCCGUCUUACCAGCUGGAAUCAACAUUUUACAUGCCCCGACGGAUACCGACACUGGUGACAGCGAAGACAUGGAAGAGGCUGGAGCGUUACUCGCAGUUUCGAUCACCGGCAAAGACACGCAGCACGUCUAGAAUUGUACUGACAGGUCUAUCUUUAUAGCAACAUACUCUUGUCGAUUCCAAAAAGAUAUUCUUGAGGGAGAUAUUUAGACACGGAAUUUGACUGCGUGUUUACUGUAAUCCAGCAAUAACAACCGAUAGGAAGCUUCCUGUUAAAUGCAAUGACAGUAGGGAUCAAUUUGAUAACGAGUCGAAUACUCGCUAGCCAAACCAUAUGGAGCUAAUGAUGCACACAAAAAAAGUCGAUGGUUAUAAAGUUGGCUAAUUUAAUAUUUAUCAGCUUGUUGUGUUUUCCACCGUUCCCUAAAGUUAUGAAUCUUCUCUAACCGUUCGACCCAUCUUUUCUCAUUCCCUGCACACUCUUGAUAGUCCUGUUUAGCACAAACUUAAAUCAUCACUUUUUUACGGUAUAGGAUUUAUCUUUCUUAUUUUAAGGGACGUGAAGUCUUUUCUCCUGUGCUCUGCAUUGUUUGUAGUUUCACUCAAGUUAUCGAUCUAUUUGUUUUAUUUGUUUUCCAAAUAUUUGAGGGGGUUUGCGGGGUACUGAGUAAAAUCGCUGUACUCCGGAUUUAUCUCGAACUCGACCCCUCUUUUGUUAUGGGCAGAAAUCGUUUGAUUCCCAUCGGUGAAAUACCUUCUCUUCUAUCUAAGUCUAGGGCCUUAUUGUAUUGAAUAGGAGACUCCCUUUGUUGCCUUGAUUGGGUCCAUUUCCUUCCAUUCUUUUAUUGUGUUUGAACCUAAUUUUCCAUGUAUAGAGGCUCCCUUUCUCUUUCAAAAGAAUUGUUUAACUAUAGAAAGUCUAGAAGCACACCCACAAAUAACUAACUGCACGGAUGCCUCAAUCACUCGACGAAUCUUUUAUAAUGAUUAGUUUUAUUCGAUGACGUCAUACGAGGUCGUUUGUGGAUCAAGAAAUAGAAACCGCCUCUGUUUACAAGCCAAUUAUCAAAGGCACCAUGGAAAAGGCAUAUGGUUGCAAGAACAAAAUCUAUUUCGUAGCCUGUGCGCAGGAAAUCUGCCACGUGGUACUUUAUCGAUGUAAAAUAGAUAUUCCACAAAUUCGAUUAAAAUGUCUGUGCUA